AUGAAGCGACUGCUAACGAGCCUUCACGACUUGCUGGACCCAGAAACGGACCCGCCUCCCCCGCCCAACACGCCCAAGCCGUUCUUCCCGCUGAGCCUAAAGUGCUCGAUCCUGCACAACGUGGCGUGCGGUCUAGCCUACCUCCACGAGCGAACGCCGCCCGUCAUCCACCGCGACUUGUCGGCCAGAAACGUUCUCCUGAACUCGGGGAUGGUGGCCAAGAUCGUGGAUUUGGGCGUGGCUCGUAUCGUUCCUCGUAUGAGAACUGCAGCCACCAUGACAAAGGGACCUGGGGCCUCAGUCUACAUGCCUCCAGAAGCCAGUGCUCCUGCUAAAUCGAAUGCCCAAAAGUCGAAAUACGAUGCCAGUAUCGAUGUCUUCUCUCUUGGAGUUGUCACCAUUUUCACAAUCGGUGAAGUCUUUCCCUGUGAUCCUCUAGAGCCCAACUAUCUUAAUGAUGAAACUGGGUUGCUAGUAGCUCGCACCGAACUACAGCGACGUGCUGAGUACAUGCGAAACGUGAACGAGCAACUCCGUGCCUGUGACCAGCUCCGUGGGACCACCUCUCAUCGGCUGAUCCAGCAAUGCUGCACAACGGUCCUCACAAACGCCCGAGCAUUCGUG